AUGGUGAUCUCAGACUUGAGAUGUAUUAGAAGGAAAGAUAGCGUCGAGGAUGAUUUGGUCGACCUCCCGUUGUUAUUAACAUACAACGGCCAUGUCAGUGAUUGUUUGAGGUCUCAACCUAGUCAAGUGACAACUGUCUCUAUGGAGAACAUAACAGACGCCAAGCCGGACACGAUUGUCGAGAUUGCUCCAGAUGGCGACCUCAUUUUGGUAGUCGGAUCAGAAGAGACGAAGCUCCGUGUUCAUUCCAUGUUGAUGAUGGCCGUCUCGAAACCCUUCUCUGUCAUGUUGGGACCAGAUUGGAAGGAGGGCCAUGGUAUACGCGACCACGAUGGGCUGUCCGAAUUAUCGCUGCCUGAUGACGAUGCUGUUGCACUGGAAAUUAUUUGUUCUAUCAUUCACUAUCAGAACAAGAAAGUACCUAGAACUCUUCCCGCUUGUGAUUUCCUCGCAGUUGCUGUUGUUGCAGACAAGUAUGGUUGUAUGGAUGCCUUGACAUUCGCAAGCGAAACCUGGCUCCGGAUCUCUGGAGAUGAACCUGAAAAUCUGAUGCUCUUAACUGCUGCGGCAUACCUCUUCAACAAUUCGCAAGCGUUCAAUAAGAUCACUGGAGCAUUGGUAGUUGACUAUGAUGGACCUUAUCUUGCUCUUUGUGUCGAUGAAAUUGAGUCUAUCAUACCGUGA